CCAACGAUUCCGGAUUUCGAAUUCCGGAUUGGCGUCUGCAGCUGUCAAAUCGGGAAUCUCAAUAGAAGUCAUGGCCAUGAAGCUGCCGCACGGACUGUCAAAAUCCGUACUCUUCACGCUGCUAUGUGUCGCCUUAAUGUCAGCAGUCCUCACGAACGCGCUCGAUUGCUAUGCGUGCACCUAUUUGGACGGGUACAGUGAUACCUCCUGCUUGAACAAUGCCAGUGCAGUCAGAGCGAUCAACUGCACCAGGAAAUACUGUGUGACGAUGCGCGUGGAGAUGAGGCGCAACUCGAGCAAGGUGAUGUCCUUUUUGCGCGACUGCCAGGACGAACCCGCGAUGCUUUAUGGAAACAUACCAGAUGAAACGUUUCGCACUUACUACUCAUCCUGCCAGCAGAACCGCUGCAAUGGGCACAAUGGACGGGUGAAGAACUCAACAAAUGGAACCGACGGCGGUGGAAUUCACAAUGCCAUAGUACCAGGAAAAAAUGCUGGCCAAGGGGUGUUUCUAUGCCCUUGGACACUGCUCUUUUUGCCUGUCCUGAGAAUUUGGCAAAUGCAUUUGGCACGGGUCCCAAAAAUCGCAUAGAGAUAUGACGCUUCAAAUACCCUACCACAAAUAUCCAAAUAAAUUAUAUUUUCCAUAGUUAAAUGACAAUAAUAUUUUGUAUAGUGUUUAUGAUUUAACAUCUAUGAGACCCAAUU